GUGGAUUCAUGGAUAUAUUCGUAAAAUUGGGGCUACCAAAUGCCCCCAAUUUCCAUCUUUACCAAACUGUUCUUACAUAUCCACGCACAAUAAAUGCAGAACUUGAUACGAUGAAGAAAGUAGAGAUCUGAAAAAUGGAGUCGUCCUCGUCCGUCUCACCUUUUCGAUCGGAUGUCAUCAGUGGAAAAGUAGCACUGCUAACCGGAGGUGGCUCCGGCAUCGGUCUCGAAAUCUCCACCCAGUUCGGCAAGCAUGGUGCCUCCGUCGCUAUCAUGGGCCGCCGUUCCUCCGUCGUUCAAUCCGCCGUUUCUUUCCUUCAAUCCCUCGGAAUCCCCGCAGUUGGGUUUCAAGGAGACGUCCGGGUACAGGAAGAUGCAAAGAGAGUGGUGGAGUCUACAGUCAAACAUUUUGGGAAGCUUGACAUUCUGGUCAAUGCUGCUGCUGGCAAUUUUCUCUCCUCCCCCGAGGAUUUAUCUCCCAAUGGUUUUCGAACAGUGUUGGAUAUUGAUGCAGUGGGCACGUUCACAAUGUGCCAUGAAGCAAUGAAGUAUCUGAAGAAAGGAGGUCCAGGGAGAAGUUCAUCUUCUUCAGGCGGGACCAUCAUAAACAUUAGUGCCACUUUGCAUUACACUGCAACCUUUUAUCAAAUCCAUGUAGCAGCGGCAAAGGCUGCGGUAGAUGCGGUGACUAGGAAUCUGGCACUAGAGUGGGGAACCGACUAUGACAUACGAGUGAAUGGGAUAGCACCUGGUCCCAUAGAGGGCACACCUGGGAUGAGAAAACUUGCGCCUCAAGAGAUGAUGAUAAAUGAUUACGAUAGUAGUAACCACCGUGACAGCAUUAUGCCUCUAUAUAGACUUGGGGAGAAGUGGGAUAUUGCAAUGGCUGCUCUCUACCUUACAUCCUGUGCUGGGAAAUACGUGAACGGGACAACAUUGAUAGUGGAUGGAGGACUGUGGGUGAGUCAGCCAAGGCGUCUACCCAAAGAUGUGGUCAAGCAGCUUUCUCGAGCGGUGGAGAAAAGAUCAAGAGAUGCACCCAUUGGCACUCCACCUCUCACCAGCAAACUCUGAUCCUCCUCCCCACUGGAUGGAAUUUCAUCUACCAGCAGCAUCCAAUUUGUUUGCUCCAAAGUGGAACUAAAUUCACUUGUUAUCUUUUCUAAAUUAUACUAUGUAAUCCCAACCUUUUUUAUAAACCAGGUUCUAGGCUUCGCCGCCUAGGGGUGUGCACCGGUCCAAAACCGGACCACACCAGACCGGAACGGAACCGGUUAGGACCGGAAUCUUAAUUUUAUGAGGACCAAAAACCGGACCUGUUACUAACCGGUCCAGACCGACCUGGACCUGAAUUUUCCGGUCCGGUCCGGUCCGGUUUUGACCCUAAUUGACCCGGUUUUUAAAACAGACAUAAUAUCAUAGACUUUUAGUUUCGAACAAUAAUCUGAUGUGCAAAUCUACG